AACAAAACCAGCCCCCAGAAGAAGGAACCAAGCGAAUCCCUCUUUCUCUCUCUCUCUCUCUAGAAAUUCCCUUCUCUCUCUCUCUCUCUCACUCAUAAAAGCCUCAUUUCCUCUCUCUUCUUCUUCUUCUCAAUCUUGAUCUUUCUCGGCCAUUUUCAUCUCUCCAGGUCACAGGAGUGGACUCGAUCAUGAAUACAGGUGGGCAAUCUGGGAAUCCAAGCAAUAACAUGGGUUAUCUCAAUUCGGUUUUAUCGUCUUCAAGCCAGGUUCAUGCUGACGAUGCACCCGUGAGCGGCGGUGGCCUCAGUCAGAAUGGAAAAUUCAGUUAUGGAUAUGCUAGCUCUCCUGGGAAAAGGUCUUCAAUGGAAGAUUUCUACGAGACAAGAAUUGAUGGUGUGGAGGGAGAAAUUGUUGGUCUUUUUGGUGUUUUUGAUGGUCAUGGUGGUGCUCGUGCAGCUGAAUAUGUGAAGCAGAAUCUUUUCAGUAAUUUGAUCAGGCAUCCAAAGUUCAUUUCUGACACAAAAUCUGCCAUAGCUGAUGCGUACAACCAUACCGACUCUGAAUUUCUGAAGUCAGAAAAUAAUCAGAACAGAGAUGCUGGAUCAACUGCUUCUACUGCCAUCCUAGUUGGUGACCGUUUGCUCGUUGCAAAUGUUGGGGAUUCCAGAGCUGUAAUCUGCAGGGGUGGCAAUGCAAUUGCUGUUUCAAGAGAUCACAAACCAGACCAGACUGAUGAGAGGCAAAGAAUUGAGGAAGCAGGAGGAUUUGUUAUGUGGGCUGGAACUUGGAGAGUCGGAGGUGUUCUUGCUGUUUCUCGUGCCUUUGGUGACAGACUGUUGAAGCAAUAUGUUGUUGCUGAUCCAGAAAUUCAGGAAGAAAAGAUUGAUAGCUCUCUCGAGUUCCUUAUUCUUGCAAGUGAUGGAUUAUGGGAUGUUGUCACAAAUGAGGAGGCUGUUUCGAUGAUUAAACAAAUUCAAGACCCAAAGCAAGCUGCUGAGAGGCUGAUGCAGGAAGCAUACCAAAGAGGUAGCGCCGAUAACAUCACCUGCGUUGUUGUUCGUUUCUUGGCCAAUAACCAAGGGGGUUCCUCUUGAAGUAGUACCGAGUGAGAGCACCCUUUUCUUUGCUGCAAGCAUAUUUGAUUUCCUGCUAGAUUGUUAGAAUGAAUGGGUGCAAUAAAAUUCAUUGCUAGAAAAGUUUUAGCAAAUCUAUGUGAUGAUAGAAUAGUAUUUGUACGAGGAUAGAGGCUCAAUCAAAAUUUUUUACUACCCUGCUAAUGUGUACUUACGUGUCUUUCAGUUCUGCCUCAAGAAUAGAAUUAAUUGUAUUUUAGUUUAGUUUCUGUACUUGGGUUUCUACCAAGUGAGCAGAAAUGUGUAUUUGUUUGUUUGUAAAGAGGCGUAUGACUAAAUUCUCAUUACUUUUUUUUAGUAUGCUGUAAAUGUGGAUUUUCUCUUUAUCAGCUAUAUUGAAUUUUUGUAUUGUUGGUA